UUCAUCAUGGGGGACAUGAAAACCCCAGACUUUGAUGACCUCCUGGCUGCUUUUGACAUCCCCGAUCCGACUAGCCUUGAUGCCAAGGAGACCAUUCCAUCAGCGGGAGAGGAGAAUGAGAAUCACCUGAAAUCGGCAGGAAUCUGCAUAGAUGAAAACGUGUCCUUGUCCCACUCCCUGCCUCCCUCUGAUGCUCCUGUCGUGAGUGUUAUUGUAAAGAACACGAGUCGUCAAGAGUCCUUUGAAGCAGAAAAGGACGGGAAUCACCUCGGGACUGGUCUGUUACACAAUGGGUUUCGUGGCUCUGAGCUGCCAUCAGAGGCUCACACUUUAGUGCAUAAUUAUGGGAAAUUUGAGUCAACUUUUAUUAAUGGUGAUAGCUCAAGAAGUUACUCUGAAAAACUGGACCAGUCCAAGUCAGAGCCUUUACCAACAUUUAGUCAGUUUAGCCCUAUUUCCAGCCCUGAACCAGAGGAUGCAUUCAAAGAGAACAGUAUUGGUGAGAAACCAAAACAUGCCCAAAGUCCGUAUUUUCCACCACCAUCAAUGUAUAUUCCAACAGGAGCUUCAGUACUAGACCAUUUUAGGAAAGUACCGGAGCCAGAAUUAAGCAUGUUUGAUCAGUAUUGUAAAAAGGAACAAAAGAUGGAAAUUCACUGCCAGCCAGAAAGUAGGCUGGAAAUGAGCAGAAGAGAACAAGACAAAGCAACAGAAAGGUUUGUGGACGCAAGCAAGGAUUUGGUAGACACCAAUAGCUUUCUUGGAGAAGGCUUGGUGUUCGGCGACCUCCCUCACAGUAAUUUAGGAGGAAGUAAAGGCUCUGUGCCCGAGCUGAACGUAUCUUCAUCGGUACCACCUCGCCAGAGGUUAAAGCCAACUCAUUCAAAGUUGUCGUCCUGCGUGGCUGCGUUAGUAGCUCUUCAGGCCAAAAAAGUUGCAUGUAUUCCAAAAGGUGACCAGCUGAGUCUUACGAAAGACCCUUCCGGUCCUUUUAAAGAUGGAACGAAGGGGAGUCCAAAAAUGCCGAAGUCGCCAAAGAGUCCGCGAAGCCCCUUGGAGGUGGUAAGGAAGGUCAGCAAGCAGCCCGAGAGUCCUCGAAGUGUGUGCAGCGACAGCAGUGGGAAGGGCUCUCCUUCCAUGGCAGCAGGCUCUCCGCCAGCUAUUCCCAAAGUUAGGAUAAAGACCAUCAAGACGUCCUCUGGUGAAAUUAAAAGGACUGUGACUAGAAUUUUGCCAGAAAACGAUGAACUGGGCAAAUCCUAUGAAGGAUCGCCCAUGGAAACCUCAUCUGCUGAAGAAUUUAUCAAGUCUUUACCUUCCCCUGACACUAGUGCAGCAAUGGAAAGUGAGACUAGCAAGAAUUCCACCAAAAACGGGGCGGCUGUGGCCAUCCAGCUCUCAAAUGUAGCAAGUCCUUACUUGGAUGGCAUGAAGACAGACAUUGCCACAAAUAAUGUGUCUGCGGUGUCACUGUCUCCACUGGCAAACUGCAGCAGUGGUGCCAUAAAAGUGGGUAUCGUGGGGCAGCAGCUGAACAAGCGGCAGCAGCAGGGCAUCGUGGUGCAGCCGUCCAGCGCGGCCAGCUCCAGUCUCCUUCCUAAAGCUGUGCACUUGGCAAACCUCAACUUAGUUCCGCACAGCGUUGCUGCUUCUGUCACCGCAAAGUCAUCCGCGCAGAGGCGAAGUCAAACGCAGCUGACACAGAUGUCGGUGCCGCUGGUGCAUCAAGUGAAGAAAGCUGCCCCUGUCGUCGUGGAAGCGUUUAAUAAAGUGCUGCACAGUGCCAAUCCGGUGCCAAUAUACACCCCAAACCUUAGCCCUCCACCCGACACCAGUAUUAAUUUACCUGCUUCUGGGUACUGCUGCCUGGAAUGUGGGGAUUCCUUUGCCUUAGAGAAAAGCCUAACUCAGCACUAUAGCAGGCGAAGUGUUCAUAUCGAGGUCAUGUGCACUCAGUGUUCAACUAUGCUACUUUUUUUUAAUAAGUGUAGCUUGCUCAAACAUGCAAGAGACCAUAAGAGCAAAGGAUUUAUCAUGCAGUGUUCCCAGCUGCUAAUGAAACCCAUUUCUGUAGACCAAAUGUUCUCACCCUCUCCUACGAGCUCUUCAGUGUCUUUGGCUCCUCAGAGUUUGCACUUCCCCUCUCCUUCGCGUAAGCCCAAUGCUGUUUCAGGAAGCGGCGUAGGAAUUUCUUCUAACACCCAACCAGCCUUGCCUCUCUUUACGGACCCGUUGAGACUAACGCGGCAUGGACUUAAGUGUCUUGAAUGUAACAAGCAGACGCAAGAUUACAUUGCUUUAGCGGCACAUUACCAGAGAACCUCAGAAGAUAAUGAGAGGCUGACGUGUCAAGUGUGCCAGAUGAUGCUCCCCAACCAGUGCAGUUACUGUGCUCACCAGAGGAUCCACGCUCACAAGUCUCCCUACUGCUGCCCGGAGUGCGGAGCCGUGUGCCGCUCCGCCUACUUCCAGACCCACGUCAAGGAGAACUGCCUGCAUUACUCCCGCAAAGUCGGGUUCAGGUGCAUCCAUUGUGGGGUUGUCUUCAUGACCUUAGCCAUGCUGAAAGUGCACAUUCAUGAGAAACACUGCGAAGUCUUCCACAAGUGUUCUUUUUGUCCCAUGGCCUUCAAGUCAGCAGACAGCACCACGGCUCACAUGACUAGCCAGCACCCAACGGAGCCUCACAAGACUACUCAGGUGAUCUACAAAUGCUCUUGCGAGACUGUCUUUAACAAGAAGAAGCUGCUGCAGGAGCACUUUCAGCAGAAUACCAACAAGCUGCUAGUGGGAGUGUUCAAGUGCCCACAGUGUCAGCUGGUGUAUAUGCAGAAACAGCAGUUGAUGCAGCACGUUAAGGGUGUUCAUGGAGUCCCCCAGAAUCCUGAGGAGCUCAUAAACUUUCGACAGAAGUCUGAGAAGGCAUCGAGGAACCAGGUUCACACCGCACCAAAGGAUCUGUCCGUAGCCAAUGGGACUUCCCACUCCUCCCUCACGAGGAAGGACAUGAGGGUGGACCACGAAUCAAAGUCCAGACUGAGAAGAAGUGGUUGGACUUGUAAGGAAUGUUCACAGUGGAUCCCCGAUCGGGAAACCUAUGUGUCCCACAUGAAGAGAAACCAUGGAAUGCCCAUGAAGAGAUACCCCUGUCGGCAGUGCGAACGCUCCUUCAAUGCCUCCAACAGUCUGCGCAGACACAUCCGCAAUAACCACGACACAGCAAAGAAAGUUUACACUUGCUGGUACUGCACAGAUGAAAACCAGACGUUUCCUCAGCCGUUCAUGCUGGAGAACCACAUCAGUCUCAUGCAUGGCAUCAAAAACCCGGACUUAUCCCAGAUGGCCAAAGCAAAAGUUCCAGAGAGAGACGCAGCAGAAGCAAAAUCUCCAAAGAGGAUGUCGACAGAUGAGCUGGGUCAGGCAGAGACCACUGCGGGUUCAGACGGGCCACCAGCCAAAAAACUGAGGGCACCCUGGAAAUGUGCUAAGUGCGGAUUUGCGACAGACAUCAGCACGGAAUUUCAGCAGCACAUACCUCAGCACAAGACGGACAGCUCCACGUAUCAGUGCUUGUUCUGUGGCUUGUGUUACACGUCCCAGAUCUCCCUGAACAGGCACCUCUUCAUCGUUCAUAAAGUGAAAGACGAGGAGGAGGAGGAGGAGGAAGACGACGAUGAUGAUGAUGAUGACAAUGAAGAGCAGGAGGAGGGAGAAGAGGAGAGGGAGAAAUUACAACCAGAGGCGAGUGAGAAUGGACACGAGGGGUAUAAUGGUGAGAUGAACACUACAGCAGAAGAAGAUGACCUGAAAUGCAAAGAGUGCAAGACUGACUCAGCUCUUUGUGAACACAGUCAGACGUGUGGCAUGGAGGGUCCUAAUAGCACCUCUCAGAGCAAUCAUUCAAAGUCUCUUAAGACUUAAAACAAACAACAACAAAAACACUUUUUGGUUGUUUGGGGUUUUU